UUCGACUGCACGUCUUCCUGCUAGCUAGUUCUGCUCCUCCCGCAGAAGAACUCCAUCUCUGUAUCUUCCCCAUCUCUUCGCAAGCUCUAAAGAUAGCGCCCUCACAAUCUCUCGACGCCUCUAUGUUGGCAGCAUUCCUCGCUUCCCGUGCACAGCAGGACGUGAUACAUAGCAACACCCUUGACCAGAACAGAAACAAGUUCGGCCUUCAGGACAACUCGGCCUUCACCGCUAGGGACAUGCAGAGCAUGUUGGCUACUGCAAGCGCGUUGCAAGCCAUGCAGUCAAAUGGCUCGUUGACCACAGACUUCUCUCAGAUGAAGUCGAACGUGGCAAACAUGGCCUCCCAGCUGAACUACGCAGCACGCAACCAACAGACGAUACAGACGACUAGCCAAGGUUUUCCAUUCCGUUUAAACAUUCCAACUAGCAUGGCUUCCGGCAUGAAUGUGAAUGUCAGCCCCUUGCCAUCGCCGCUCACUGCUGCGAACUUGCAGCAAAUGCAAGCUGCGCAACUGAACAAGCAACAACUGGCCAACAAUUUUCCCUCUACGUUUCUCGGCCAAGUCCACCAUCAUGUUUCUCAGCAGCAGGCAAACCUUCCAGCUCAGCAAGCUAUUGCGACUGUUGUGGCAGAGCCUGUUGUUGAUGGCAUCAGUGUGAACGGGCAAUGGUUGACGAAGGAUCAAGUCCUUCAAGUCUACGCUCUGCGUUCCCGCCAGACUUGCGGCUCAGGGGCCAUGGAGCAAGCGUCUGCAGGAAGAUCAGCCGUUGUCGCUGAUCUAUUCCACAUCACCGCACAGGCGGUGAGAGACAUCUGGACAAGAAAGCUGGGUGCCGAACUCACCAAGACCAUGUGGACUGAUCAUGAAGAACUUCUUUACGCAUGCGACAAGUAUAAGUCCACAGGGAAGCCCAAGUCCAAGGCCGUCAGGAUGCAGAGAACUCACUCAGCUCCUUGUGACACAACGAUGGGUCGGGAGGACGGAUCAGUCUCACCUGCUGGAUCAGACUCUGCGAUUGAGACCAUGUCCGGGUUGAAGCGAGGGUUCUCUAAUGUCGAGUAUGCACGUCCAGCCAAAACUCUGAGACCCGAGAUGGGCAAUCGGGCCGUCGCGAGUAUCGAGAGCUUUCUUCCCAUUACGAGCGUUGUGUCAAAGUAGAUGUGUUGAUUUUGUAUCAUAGUAAAGUCCUUAAGACC